AUGGCGAAGGUACCCCGCAACUUCAAGCUCCUCGAGGAGCUCGAAAAGGGCGAAAAGGGCCUGGGAACCGCUGCUGUCUCAUAUGGCCUGGACGACCCCGAAGAUAUGCUGUUGUACAACUGGAAUGCGACUAUCAUGGGGCCGCCGCAUGGCAACCACGAAAACCGUAUCUACUCCCUGAAAGUUUACUGUGGCGACCAGUACCCAGACGAGCCUCCUAAAGUCAAGUUCUUGAGCAAAAUCAACCUCCCCGGUGUGAACCCAACGAAUGGCGACGUCGAUCCCAACGCAAUCCAGAUCCUUCGUGAUUGGAAGCGCAUCGCACAGGACCUAGCCAACAAGCCGAAGCCCAAGCACGACCCGCUUUGUAUUGAGAGCGUAUUGGUCGCGAUACGCAAGCAUAUGGAUGAGCACAAGAAGCUACCACAACCCCCCGAGGGCCUCGCCCUCUACAAAUCCCUCCUCUCCCAAUCGCUCCGCGUCCAGAUACCCCCUAACACCCUCCAAUCCCUCCCCCCACUGCCAAUCCACACUCCCCUAACCAACGAAACCCCUCUGGCCCUCCUGAUCCGCAAUGGCUUCCGCCGCAACCGCUCCCUCACCUCCCCGCGCCUGAUCUGCUCAGCCCUCAAACAAGGCUACCGGUUCCUGACACUCCUGACCCGCGCCGCUGAAGACCCAAACAGCACAGAAUAUGCCUCCGUUGUGGACUUUCUCCAGAAAAAUGCCUCCAGGGUGGAGGAAAUCCGUGCCCAGCGGGAGAAGGAGCGUGAGAAGAGGAGGCGCUUCAUAGAGGUAGUGACCACCCGCAAACCGGGGACAGGACCGCUCCUAAAGAGGGUCACGCCCGAGGGUGUCCGGCCGCCGGUCUACGAGCCGGGGAUUGAGUGGCCACGGCCGCUUAGCAUAUUCCCCAGCGGAGUGCGCAAGCCGCCUACCUUGGUGGCCACCUCGGCUGGUGUUCCCUUCCUCCGGUUCGGGGGCCGACAAUCCCGUUUUUUGGAGAGAGUACUUCGGCAGAAGACAAAUUGGAGGAUGGAGAAGAUAAGGAUAUUGCUUGAUGCGCAGGACGAGGGGAUGGAGUGGGCUCGGGACGAGGAUCAAUGGGAGGAGCUGAUGGGUCUUCUUUUCCUGAAGGAGAACCCUGACGCCGUUAGGGAACUUGGGCAGGAGGAUCAGAUGCCUGAUGAACCAAGCUACGCCAGUUCUUUACACGGCAUGUGUGCCGUAUUAAUCGACGAAAUUCAGGCUGAGACCGAGGACCAAGUUGCACGAGCCAAGGCUCUGUGGAAGAUGGUUCUUAUGGAACGGGAACAGGCACUCAAGGAAGCAAAGGAACAGUUGGAGAGGGAAGGCAAGGGAGAUGAGGAGCCACAGAUCAAAUCUUGGCGUCGGCCAGUAUGGGAAAAGAAGACGCCCAAAUGGAUGCGCGAGAAAGGGUUUGAUAAGAAGAAUGCGAGAAAGGCGGCACUGGAGAAGAGGAAAGAGAACAUUAGAAAAGCGAUGGAAAAGUUUUGGUGGUUCAAAAACGCAGGUGAGGCAGCUGCUGUUGCUACUGGCAGCAAAAAUACUGCCUCUCAGCUGCCCACUGUGGCCGAGGAUCCUACAAAAACUAAGCUGGGAGAAGCCUCAGUUGGAAAAAGGACCACUGAAACUGAACACAGUGAUGAUAUUUAA